UCUGAAAAUUGUGAAAACAAGAUGAAGAGUACGCUUCCCUUGCUGGCUGCCGUCAAUAUUAACUUAUCAUCUCUUUAUGAGUUUAGUGUUUUAUGCGUGGUGGCGAUCCCGUCACAUUUCGUACAUUUCUGUUAUUUUGCCAGUUUGAAAUUUGGUAACUGGUGUUUUCCACAACCACCCGCUGUGAAAACCCAGUGAACCGGCCGGGCUUUUCAUCGAGCUUAUGUAACGCAACAUCGAGCGCUGCUGUGUGGGAGCAUUAGAUGUAGCUCGCGAAGUAUCCUAGUCGUAAACAAACUUUGAUCGCGCGCUCGGAGAACAGAGGGAGGCAGUGGGGCGCAGGAUCAGAUGCUGCUGACUGUAAAUACUCUUUUCACCAGGAUGGUGCUGAGUGACCAGCUCCUCCGUGGGACUGGGAGUAUUUCGAGCAUUACAAACCGACGAGCCGCAGCUUGUACUGCCGUCAGGCAUCUCUGGAAUUUUGUUUCUACGUCCGUCCCUCUGUCUCAGUCCCGGUACUGAACCGGUUGUCCACGAGGGUUUUAAUGUUCCCUCUUCACACUGAAGUGUUUCACUGAAAGGUUUUCUUUCACUAUGAGAGGCCUGGUUACAAUAUAUAAAGAGACGGUCCUCGAAGCCCUCAGCGUGAGGGCUUUGUUCUUCUUGCACGCUUAAGUUAAUUGGUGAUUUUGCAGCUUUGGAGAGGAGUUGCAGUCGCUGACGUCUGUUCAGGAUUCAACAAAACUUCUUAGUUUGAAACAUAUUUUUCAGCAGAUGGAAGGAAAAGUGCACGGUUCGAAGAGCUCCUCUCACUUCCAAACCAGCUCAGCAGAGCUCUAUAAGAAGAUUGAAUAAAAACACAAACACACACACACACACACACACACACACACACAACACUUUUCAAUUAGACCGUAGCUGUUCAAGGCCGGCAUUGCUUUGAUCUGUGCACGUGUGCAUGAGUGUGUGAGAGAUUUAAGGAGGUGUGUUGCAUCUCGGGGGGCCCCUCGUCUGGUCUGGUCCGCGGCUGUAAAUCUUGCUCCGUCUCCGGGUUUACUCUGGGCCCGUAAACUUGAAGGCAAUUACGGAAAAACAAGCGGGAUGCGAGAUUUCUUCAGUCCCGCAGGAUUUGUGGUCACGGCCUAAAUGGAUCGCCGCUCUGUCCGUACCCAAAACGAAUAUAGCUUCGCCUCGAUCCACCUCGGCUCCGAGCUCAGCUUCCCGUCGAGCAUCGAUUGGCUUCUUGGGUGCGUUCUGCACGACGAACAAACUUAGUAAAUAAAUGAGACUAAGAAUACCACGCCCGACCUUGACCGAUGGCCAUUAGGCUUUUCACGCUCAUUAUUUAUUUACGUGAAAUCAAGCGCAUUGAUUCGUGCACACUCAGCAAGAUCUGACCACACUUACUUUUAACACGUCUUAUUUGAACACAGAAGGAUUUGAUAAAUCAGCUGCACCAAUAAAAAAAGGUCACUUGUUCUCCCUUAGUGUCGUAUAAUAUCCUAUUAUAAACAUUAUCAUUGAUUAUGAGGUUUGGUCUUUAUUUUACUGGCUUAUUAGUAGCCGGAUGCUUCAGUGGAAAGUUUCAUAUUGGGGAGGAAAUGGGACCUCAUGAAUAUAAACAUGAGCAGCUUGGGCUGCUUUGAUCUGGGCCUGGCUGAGAGUCCUGAAUAGAGUGGGCUGGAGUUGCACAGCUCUCUCUCUCUCUCACUGCCUAUUUUAACCAUUUACAUAAUUGUUAUAACUGUCCUGGCCAGCAGUGUGAGGUGCUCAAUAACAGUGAAUUGUGCUGCAAGUGACAGGAGAUAACCAGAGUGGAUACAAAACAGGAGCUUUAAUGUACGAAAGAGUGGACCAGCUUUAGCUAAGCGAGCGUGUUGUUAGGGUUAGUUUGUGUUCACUGAGCCAGAGUGCCUCCAGGUGGGCAGCAGGACGGUCCGCUCGUUGCUUGGGAUGAGCCCACUUAUGAUCUUUGAUGCACAGAGAAAACUGCCUAAGCAUCCUUGACCGUCUUUUAGAGGUUCAAGAUGAAAGUAAUGGCCGUAAUCUACUUUCUGCUGCUAACAAGUUUCCAAACAUAAGAAGGGCUUUUCAUUUUCUAUUUUUAUUUGCAUCUUUUAUGCAGGAAAUAAAAUGUUUGGUUAGAUUACGAUUCCAACAAAGGAUCUGCACAUGGUGCUUAUUGCUGUGUGAAGCGACUACACAGGACACAUGGAUGCAAAGUCCAAAGUUACAGCUCGAUUUUUGAACAUUUGCCUCAUGUCCUUCUCCCCUGUUCUUGUUCAAAACCUUUCCGCUGUACUUGCUUUCCAAAGUUACAUUUUUUUAGAGUAAAAUGCACACUUAUUUUCUGAAUUCAAUGCCAAAUAAGCAAUUUUACAGCCACAAAUUGUAAAUAUGUUGAACGUACAAAAGACAAAUAAAUCAACAUACGCUUGUCAAUAAUGUUUGAAAGAAAGUGAGAAAUUUAAAGUGCAUUUUUCUUAAAUGAAACCGCUUUUUUAGGCCUCCGAAACAGAUAUUGACUCCAUAGGUAAAAAAAAUUGCUACCAUUGGUUCUGAAAGUUUGUAACUGUCUAAAUCUGUAAACAGAAAAUACAGAUUGUUUUGGCGCUGAAAACAACUUUUUUUAGCAGGAUUAGGACGAAGCCACUCACUGGCGGCACGGACAAAGGAUGAGGUGAACAUAUUGUUACAGACAUCAAGCAUAAAGAAAAAGUGGUUGAACAAAUCAAAAUAAAAACUCAAGAAGAGACUAGGUUUCUCCUCAACCUCCAAAAACAGUGUCUCUACACUUUUGCCUCCAGAAUUAGGGAACUAACCCAAGGCUGAGGGAAAAGGACACAGCACAGUUUGCGCCACGGUUGCUCUCUGGGCGUCAAACCAGUGGGCUGAAUCUGAACGGAGACCUUUGUUUCCCUCUCAGUCAUAUUUAUAGUCGGAAACAGAGCUGUAUGCCAGUGCGUGUUUUAUGGUCUCCGGUAGUUUAUGACUGCUGGCGGUGUUUAUGCACGGGAACAGAGAGGGUCAAAAGGAUAAAAUCAAUAGCGCACCUUAAUGAGGUUGACUGAAAAGAAGGGAAGGAGGGGAUGUGUGGGUGAUCAGAAAGUGAGAGGAAUCAGAGGGGUGACAGGAGGAAACAAUGCCUGGUGUGUGGGGGGUGAAGAGGCUCUUAGGGCUUUCAGAUCUCUUUACCUCCCCUCAGCCUCUCGUAAUCAAUGGCAACCUCGGUCCAAACUCUUCCCGUGACGCGUGGUCCCACCCAAAACUUCCGCAGCCCUUUCCCCUCCUCUCCCCUCUCCUCACUCUGCGGCAUGGGAAGCGUAGGAAGUCUGGUGGAGAAGCCAGAUGUGUCUCCGACUAAAGGUAACCGCGCGGUGCCUCAGGUGAGACCCAGACAAACCAACGGCCUGCUGAAGAAAGGCCUGACCCAGAGAGAGCUACUGAACUACCUCAACAUCACCAGGAAAGAGCCCAAAGCAGGGCCAAGCGGCAACGGCAAGAGGGACGUCAUCGGAGGCCUGGUGGAGGAUGACGUCUUCGCCAAAGUCUACAGUAAAGAUGGCACUGAAAUAGACCUGUCAAAAAACUCACUGCCAAGUGGGGGCAAGUACGAAAAGGUUCGGUUCAGGUCUUCUGCAUUCAAACCCGUCACACCUAAAAACUUCAGCUCCAUGCAAAACCUCUACCCCUCCUCCAAGUCGGAGGAUGUGGAUCACGGCCUUUCCAAUGGACUGCACAGAGCAUACGGCCACAUCUCCAAAACAGUCUCCACCUCCUCUUCAUCUUCCUCACCCUCCCGUCAUGGAGGACCGACAUCAUGUGGUAACAAGGCCAUCUCCUCGGUGCAAGUGAUGAGCCACGAGGAUGACAACCUGUCAGACUCAGGUCAUAACUCCAUGAGCAGUCUGCCGCCGUACCGCCCUCCGUUCCGUCCACAUCUGUCUCACAUCAGCGCUUCCAUGGGCCACAUCAACACCAUCGGCUCCUUAGAUCGAACCUCUCAGGGCCUGAAGGCCGCCGGGUCAGGGGGCGUGGCUAUGGGGGAGGUAGCAUGCCGAAGCAUGGCUACCCUAAACCGCCUGACCCCCUAUGGCAGCGAGGCUCCGCCACCUUAUGAAUGGACGCUGUCCCUCUCGGUGGAGGACGUGGUGCGGGAUCUGGAGGAGCGCCUGGUGGAAAAAGAACAUGAACUAAAACAGAUGAGGAGGAACCUGGACGAGAGCGAGGGCGCCAUCGCUCAGGUGUUUGAAGGGAAGCAGCGGCUGUGGGAGAAGGAGGUGGAGGAGCUGAAGCGCCUGUACGCCGCUAAGCUGCGUCAGGUCUCGCAGCACGCCCAGCGCUCCCAGCGCAGCAUGCAGUUGGAGCUGUUUCGGGCCCAGCAGGAGAAGAAUCGCCUGCAGGAGGAGCUCGACGGCCUGAAGCGGGACGCAGUCCGGGACGUCACGGCCGUGCCGAAGCCGACCAGUCCGACUCUAGAGGAGACACGGUGGGAGGUUUGUCAGAAGUCAGGGGAGAUCUCGUUGCUGAAGCAGCAGGUGAGGGACUCCCAGGCAGAAGUGACCCAGAAGCUGAGCGAGAUUUUCAAGCUGAAGACGCAGCUGAGGGAAACCCGGACGGAGCUGCGCAACAGGGAGGCCCAGAUAGACGCUCUGAACAUCAUCCUGCAGGGGACGCAGCGCGGCAAGUGUUCCUCCACCGGAGAAAGCAAAAAAGGAGCCGAAGAGAGUCCAUCAGCAGGAGCAACAGGCGGCUCUGGGGGUCCCACAGAAGAGCGUCUGCGAGCGGAGCUGCUGCUGGAGCGACGUCAGAGCGAGGCCCAGGCCACGGCCUUCGAGGAGGAGAGGAACACGUGGCAGACGGAGAAAGACAAGGUCAUCCGCUACCAGAAGGAGCUGCAGGCCAGUUACUUGGAGAUGUAUCACCGCAACGAAGCCCUGGAGAGGGAGCUGCAGCAGCUGAGGGCGGGUGGGGCUCGGGAAGGAAGGGGAGACGGAGGAGGAGGAGAAGGAGGGAGCAGAGAUGGGACAACUGAGAAGGAGGCGAAGGAGCCGACAGCUGACAGAGCAGCAGGAAAACAAGAAGAUACAACUUCCUCGAGCCUGCCGUGGAUAGACAGGAUUGAAUCGUCUGAAAUUUGAAUGUGACACACUUGUUUGCAAUGCAAACUGUUUUCUCCGAAAGCAUGGACCUACGCAAGAGCAAGUCUGCCUGGGAAAAAAAAAGAAACGAGACACAAAAUAUACAAACUUGGAGAUUAUAAAAAAAAAUAUUUAGCAUAUCAAAAUCCUACACAAUUGACUAAAUCUCUGAAAAGGAUGUGCUGCUGGAUUUAGUUGUGGUACCAAGUAAUCAAAUCAAAUAUAAAGUCAGAAGUAGUAGACCUAAAAAAAAAAGAGGUUGACAAAAAAUUAUAAUAAACUGUGCUAAACCUUUGACCCUCACAGAAGCCACUUUUUUAAAAAAAAAAAAGGUACAAAUUAUGUGUUGAUUUACCUAAAUGAAGUUUGUAAAUUGUGAAAUUUGGGGAUGAAAACAUUUUUAAAACAAAAACAGCAGCUCAGUCAGAAUAAAAAGAAACAUGUCAAUGUGAAACUUUUGACUGACAAUCUUGAAAUGGGAACCCAUUAUACAAUUUCUCAUGUGCUUUUAGUAUUUUUGUGGUACAAAAAAAAAGCUUCAUAGAUUCCCAUCUGACCCCCGCACUGCUUCUGCACCUUGAUUGUAUUAUUGCCCUUUUCGUGUAAAAAGACCGGGACCGAUUACAUCCUUCUGGACGUGUUCUCGCCGACGCUUGUCUGUGCCACGUUUGUCCUCAGCAGAAUAACUCCAAACCGCAAAAUCACAGGAAAAGCACUAUAAGACUUGUUUUAAAUGAUCUUAUUGGUGACGAUAACCAAAGCAUUCAAUUAGUGAGGUCCCUACAGAUCCAACAAGCAACUAGCUGUUGACUGGAAUCAGCUUCACUGACUGGUUGGAGACUAUAUCUACUGUUACUGAGUGAAGAAGGUUUAUAGUUAGCUACUUUUAGGUUCAAAGUUGUUUAACAAAGGAGCAUUUUUGCUGCUGCUACUUCUGCAGCUGUAGUUGCUUUAUACCCAACUUUUUUCAGAAAGGAAAAGGAGCCCGUCUGCCAUGUUAGGUCAUUCCCACCAUCCAUGGGAACAUUUUGUUCAACUCACGAAGGAGAAAGUUGACCAUAAGCCAUCUUCACCAGAUACUAUGAAGGCUGAAUAUGUUGCUUUAGAAAACUUGGCUGCCUUUAUAAAAAUCUCAGAAGGAAGUAGGCGUGUGUGCGUUCUCUAGGGUUUUUAAACUGUGGCUUUAUUUAGAUGAACUCAAGAAAUCCCCAGCCUACUUAUUUGCAAGCAACAAAUGCAUGAAUGAAUUACACGACAGUGAUGGAGAGCUGGUUGGCACCUAUACAAAAUGUUUUCUUGUUUUUUCAAGCACAUUGAUCUCGGCCUUGGCACAGUGGAGAAAACUUCCAGAAGUCCCGUUACAAAAGUCCAAGUGUGCAAUGUGUGCGAGAAAGUUGUGGGUUAAUAAGCAUGUUGUUACUAUGGAUAAUCAAUAGGUUUAUAUGCAAGGCAACCAUGUUGGAUUUUGAGGUCAGAGUUGGUGAGAAAGCUCCGACUACAAGAAACUUUUCUGUAGGUUUUCCAAAUAUGGGGUCUAAAAUCUAAACUUUCCAAAAACAGAAUAACUUACAUGAAUCCUUCAGUGGGAUCUAAUGCAUUCGACUGGGUUUUAUUGUUUAGUAUUUAUAAACACAACAAACUGAUAAAGUGGAAGUCUGGAUUAAAGACGGUAAAGCCGUGGAAACGGACAGAUUAAAUUACUAAAAACCCAGGAGGAUUUUAUCUGAUGGUAUAAUUUAGGGUCGCUAAAGUACGGAAGAAAUAUUUUAAACGCCAAUUCAGUUGUGGCUCUUCACAUAAACUGGAACAGUCGAAUCUUUAGUAGCGGUCAAAGGUUUAUAAAACCCAGAGAACGGAAAUUGGACACUUAACUCUCAUGGGCACAUCUCCACUUAUGAUUCUGGCCCUGAUUAAUGUUUGCAGGAACAACACUGCACUAGUCUUUCGGCUGAAUUCAUGUAAAAAUGUUGCUUUUCUGGUUUUGGUGCAGGAAAAAAGAACAAAUAUCUGUCUGGUGCACAUCUCUUGAACAUACUUCCUUCGUUAGGUCUCUUUCAGGUGAGAUACACAAAUUUUGUACAUACCUGCACUUUCAGUUCAAUUCACCUUCUGUGGUUGUACUCCAAAGAGACUGUUGUCUUAAAACUGUGAAAUCUGUCAACUUCCAUAUUGUUUGAUUGCAGUAAAAAGGAGCCAUUAGCUGUAAAUAAAGGCUAAAUUAAUACUCCCAAAUGCAUGACUGAUGUAAAAAAAAAAAGUUCUGUUCUGUCUUAACUAUAAAUAUUCACAAACCAGCUCUUUGUUAAUCUUUGAAUAUACUGUGACUUGUCAAAUUACUGGAAUUAAAACUGUACAGAAUAAA